AUGACUCGCACCAGUGCCAGGCCGUUGAAAGACGCUCCUGGAAUAAGAUCGAUCGGUUCUUCUACGUUCGUCAAAAUGCUGCAGAACCUAAUGUGGUAUAGUCUGAUAAAGAAAUGUGAUACUAGAAUAACUAAACAACAUAUACGUUAUACAACAUUCCUGGAUAAGACGCAGUAUUUUUCUAGAUUCGGUAUCCCUGCCAUCGACGUUUGCGGAUUCUGUAGGCAGCAGAUAAGCCUGCUCUCUUUGGUGAAAUUCCAAUGUGAAAAGCAGACCGUUAUAACAAAUCUAAAGAAAGAUGGCGUGUUGAUGAAGAAUUGCAAUGGCUUCUUCAAAGUUUCUCAGAGCAUCUUGAAUAACUGCAAGAGAUUAGUGAUGAAGAAAAUGCCCAAGGAGUAUCAUGUGGCAGACCAGGUUGAUAAGAGGUACUUGAUUAGAUUCAGUUAUAUUGAAAUCUACAAUGAAAAGAUCAAUGACCUCCUGGAUAAGAGCAAUCAGGGUUUAACUAUAAGAGAAGAUAUCAAAGGAAAUGUGCUGCUUGAUGCAAGGGAAGCUGUCGUAGACAAUGUUGAUCAAGUUAUGGAGAACAUGAUGCAGAGCAAUAAGAUCAGACGAGUUGCAGCUACUCGCAUGAAUGAGAGGUCAUCUCGAUCACACACGAUUUUCCGGAUUAUUCUGGAGUCGAAAGAUGCCAAUCAGAAAGAUGGACCUGUACAUAUAAGCUACCUUAACUUAAUGGACUUAGCUGGUUCUGAGAGAGUUUCUCUGACGAAAGCUGCUGGUGAGCGUCUUAAAGAGGGGGCUAACAUAAACAAAUCUUUGUCAGUAUUAGGAAAUGUGAUAAGGCAACUAAGCGAGGGAUUCGGUAUCCCUGCCAUCGACGUUUGCGGAUUCUGUAGGCAGCAGAUAAGCCUGCUCUCUUUGGUGAAAUUCCAAUGUGAAAAGCAGACCGUUAUAACAAAUCUAAAGAAAGAUGGCGUGUUGAUGAAGAAUUGCAAUGGCUUCUUCAAAGUUUCUCAGAGCAUCUUGAAUAACUGCAAGAGAUUAGUGAUGAAGAAAAUGCCCAAGGAGUAUGUAACUGCAUCGAAGAUGACGGCGGGAAAGUUUGAUCGUUUUUCUUUUAAUGUACUUCUAAGACAACAUUGUAUCGGUAAAUGA